AUUUUCCUUCACUAAUGUUUGGCUUCCUCUUCCAAGGUUCCACGUUAACCUUGCUUCUCUUUGGUCGGGGUUGUGUUUCUUUUCCUUCUAUUACGCGCCUUUAACGGUGAAAUAACAAACGUCGCAUGCUGUGCAGCACGAAUGCUAGAGGAGAGGAAUCUAAGAAGUCACCGUCAUGGCCGUCGGAAUUAGGAAACUCAGCGAGAAACUCAAAGGUAUUUAAGCUCAUGGAAGUGUUAUUUUUCGUCUCGAGCAUUUUAAACGGUACUUGAUAUGUAAAACUGGACAUUUCGUAAAAUAUUAAAAUAUCAGGAUCGCAUCGUGCCUCUCCGUCUCUCUGGGCUAGAAAUAGUAUAGCUGUUGGGAAAAUCUAGCUAGAACAGUUAGCAGGAAACGGCCAAACCCCCUGGUAAAAUCCCCGAUCUGGGUUUUUACAAAUAUAAGAAAUUUAGGUUUAAUAUGGAAAUCUUAGCUAAGUUGAGAAACGAUUUUUCCUGUUCUGUUAAGGCUACUUAUGACUGCAUGUGGCUAUUACUUUACUUUUGUAGAAUACUAGUUUAGUAACAAUAAUCGGAAAAUGUACUGUCCCCUCCGAGCCCAGGGUACAGGGCUGCAAAUAAUUUCCCGGCUGGCGCCGGUCAAAUUGUCCGAUCAAACCUAUUUUUGCUCGGACAUAUCCCAUCUUUGGCCGGACAAACAUCAAUUACGUCUUAUUGAUAUAAAAGUGCCCCCUCCUCCCUUCACAUGAUGUUUAAAUAUGUAACAAGUAAAUUUUCAAAGCAUUUAUUGUACAUGAGCAUCGAUCUCAAUGCAGGAAAAGUGGAACGCAUGGUAAGCAAAAUAUGUAUCACAUUUGUGCGUACUACUAUUGCUUCUGCGUCUUAUAUACGGUUAGUUAUGAAGUUGAUGAAAUUGACUGAGGCUUGCAAUCUAGUUGAUUUUAAAUGUUACCGGAAACAGGGAAGCUGUUCCCCUAAGAUGCGUGAUUGAACUUUUAAAAUAAAAAAAUGGAAGAGUUCUUUUAGACAUCCGAGGACGUCAUGUUACGGAAACGCAGUUUGGACAUAUAACAAGGGAACACCCGGAUGCACUGGAAAGGGUUUUCGAAGACGUUGAUGACUAUGUUCACAUGUCAUUUCUUCACCACGUGGUUGUCACUGUACGUCGUUUGUCAGUCACAAGGGGUUUUCUUCUUCGCGAGUUGCCUACUAUCCAAACUCUGUUUCGAGUUUUCAAUUACUGCUUCUCUUGAGAAGUGGCGAUGUCCAUCCAAAUCCUGGUCCACCGAGCGGAAUUGUCAGUUCUGAGUCACGGAAAGAUGGCCCUGAUCUUCGUGGUUUGCAAACAUUUUACGCCAACGCUCGCAGUAUUGUCAACAAAGUUAACCUACUUGAACUGGCAAUGUACCAACGGAACUACGAUCUAAUUGUACUAACUGAGACACAUUUGGACCAUUCGAUUCUUGACUCGAGAUUUUUCCCUCUCACUACACUGUUUUUAGAAAAGAUCGUAAGAUUAAUGGCCGCCAUGGCGGUGGUGUACUCAUUGCGGUACGUGAUUACAUUACUGUUUCUCUUCGUCUGACUCAUCGGUGCGACUCUGAAAUGCUUUUUAUUGAUGUGCUCUUAUCUUACAACCGACGGAUAACUAUCGGCGUGUUUUAUCGACCCCCCGGGAAGUGAUAUUAAGCCUUUGGAAGACCUUCAGACCUUUAUUCAAGGACUUGAUUCAACCGCGGAUUUAAUUCUGGUUGGAGAUUUUAACUUGCCGGAGAUCGAGUGGUCAUGUAAUAGAGCUUUACAACAAUCUCACAAUCACGCCCUUUUAAUUGAUAUAAUUCAGGACAAUUUCUUAACACAGCUGGUCAGUGAACCUACAAGGAACCAAAAUAUUCUAGACUUGUUAAUCACAUCCUCGCCAGAUAUCAUUGAUCGUCUUGUUGUUGGCGAUUGCUUCUCCGACCAUAACUCUCUUAGUUUUGAGAUCUUAAGAUCACCCUACACCCAGCGUAAAUCUCGGAAAUGUUUCUAUUCAUAUGGCAAAACUGACUGGGCACACCUAAAGAUGUUAUUGGCUUGCAUUCCUUGGAACUGUGCUUUUUUCGAUGAUGACAUUGAAUACAACUGGUCUUGCUGGAAAGAUCUUUUAUUUACGGCUAUGGAUGAAUGCAUACCCGUGCGUCGGGGCAAGAAAAAAUGUAAUGCACCUUGGAUAACAAAGGAUCUCAUUUGGUUGUGCGGAAAAAAGAAAUUGUUGCAUAACAAAGCGCGAAAAAGCAGCAAUCCAGCCCUUUGGGAGAAGUACAGAAAACUGAACAAUGUCGUGAAAAGAGAAUGUAACUUAGCUCGAUGGACAUAUAUCAACAAUAUGGCCUCUGAUAUUGCAGUUUCUGGUAAUUCCAAGCCUUUCUGGAAUUAUAUUAAAAGCAAACGUAACGGUACGAAUACUGUGGUAUCUUUAAAGGUUGGUGACAAAGAACUGAUUGACGAUGAGAGUAUUGCUAGUAGUUUUAAUUCUUAUUUUUCAUCUGUUUUUACCUCUGAGGACUUCACCAACUUGCCUUCUUUAGAGCCUUUAGUUUGUGAGAAACUUAAUUAUAUUUCCUGUACUACUGAGGAAAUUUUAAAGCAUCUUAAGUCUCUUAAGUCCCCGGGUCCGGAUAGAAUUUCACCAGUAAUUUUAAAAUCAUGUGUGUUCGAAUUGGCGCCCUCGAUCUCAUUUCUGGUUAACAAAUCUUUCCUGCUGGGCCAUUUGCCCGAAGAUUGGAGAUCAGCUGACGUUGUCCCACUUCAUAAGAAAGGUUCUAAACACUUGAGGGAGAAUUAUCGUCCAAUUUCGCUUACAUCCAUGAUAUGCAAAAUCAGCGAAAAAAUUGUACGCGAUAGGUUAACGUCAUUUUGGCAAGACCAAAACGUGAUAAACAAAAACCAAUUUGGUUUUUUGCAGGAUAGGUCUACUGUGACCGAAUUACUCUCUACUUUUCAUGACUUCGCGAGAUCUAGGAAUUCAUCUGUAGCAACAGAUGUUGUAUUUCUUGAUCUCGCAAAGGCUUUUGAUAGUGUUCCUCAUGAGCGUCUACUCAAAAAGUUAUAUAGCCUCGGUAUUGAGAGCAAACUUCUUAACUGGUUGAGGCAUUUCCUCACGUGUAGAAAGCAACGAGUUGUUGUAAGAGGGACUUUUUCUGAUUGGGCACCUGUGAUAUCUGGUACCCCACAGGGAACUAUUCUUGGCCCAAUUUUAUUCCUAUCAUAUAUAAAUGAUAUCGUUGAUAGUGUCUCUUCAAAAAUUAAAUUAUUUGGAGAUGACACAAAGAUUUACAGAGAGCUUCGCAACCCUAGUCUCGAUGAGCAAUAUCUUCUUCAAACUGAUUUGAGUAAUCUUGGUAAAUGGGCGAAAAAAUGGCAACUUAGUUCGUUUCAAUGAGGAAAAGUGUGAAGCAAUGCGAAUAACGCAUUCUCGUGACAAAUCGACUACGAAUUAUAAACUAGGUACGGCUUUAAAAGAUGUCAAGAGCUUUAAAGAUCUUGGAAUUAUUAUAUCAAAAGAUCUUACUUGGAGUGUUGUAUUAGUACUAUGGUGAAUAAGGCGAACCAUGUCCUAGGGCUAAUAAGACGGUCUGUUGGAACAGCUAAUACAACAACUUUUUCAUUGCUUUACAAAACAUUGGUCAGACCACUUCUAGAGUAUGCUGCUCCAGUCUGGAACCCAUAUCUUGUCAAAGAUAUUCAUGCAAUAGAGAGCGUGCAAAGACGCGCGUCAAGAUUAGCUCUUAGGCAAAAAAGAGGUGAUAUGUCUUAUGAAGAGCGUUGUGACUCGUUACAUUGGUCAUCUUUGUCCAGUCGUAGGACAUAUUCCUCUCUUGUUGAAUGUUAUAAGAUCGUGUUUGGCUUUAAUAUCACACUUGGAUUUUGAGGAAUUCUUUCAAUUCGCAAAAGUCAAAUCCACUAGGGCAAAUUAUUCGUAUAAGCUUUAUUGUAAAUUAUCUAGAAUCAACUGUUUUAAAUAUUCUUUUUUUAACAAUGUAAUUAGUUAUUGGAACAAUUUACCUAGUAAUGUUGUUGAAGCCGGUUCCCUUGAACUUUUUAAAUGUAAACUCAAAUCCUUUUUAAAGUUGUAAUUUUUAUUGUUUGUUUGUUGUUUUUAGGAGAGUUUUAUUCGUAGGGUUAACCUCUAGACUCUCCCUUUCAAAUUCAUGUAGUUAUUAUGAGUUUGAAUAAACAUGUAUGUUAUGUUAUGUUAUGUUACCUGUUUAACUGAAGUCAUUACAUACCACAUUGACAACAUUUGUAAAGGAUUAUCGCAAAUACAAUUUCUUUCUAAUCCAUUGUGUUUCGACUUGUCAACGGUGAAACUUACUGCAUUUUUGCUUCAGUCAAGUUUGAGAAGUUUGACACGUAACACAAUGAAAUCUGCGGUCAAUCGUUUGAGAUGAAUCGCGUAUUUAGACCUAUUUAGGCCAGGUAAAGUUUACAUGUUGUCAUAUCUGAAUUUACAGCUAAAAAGGUUUGUUUCCCUAGAAAACAGGAUGUUCAGUUAAUCGCGGUUUAUAGCUUAAGUGAUUAACACGGAAAUGUCGACAAGUAGACAAAUGAAUGUAAACUUGCUUUCUUGUUAUUGUUAUUUUCACACGUAAAUUUUGAAGACAAAGGGUGCCAUGACCCUUGGACCGACACUGAGAGGUUUUGUUGUCCUUCUCACAUCAUGUUUACAAAACCCACACGGACUAAUAAUAAAGCAAUUCACACCCGUGACCGGUACACAUUACCCUGGGUACCAGAGGAUUUUUCCUCGCUUGCGUCGGGGAGCUUCGCGCGUGUUUGGCCCACAUCUUUAAGACCCGCUAAUUUGCGGUGACGACUUGGUGAAUGACAAAGCGAAAAUGUGCAACGACAGCCGGAAAUUUUAUGACUACUACGAAUCAUUUAUUAAAAGUUCUUGGUCUGGUAGUUAAGUAUCCGUCUAUUCCCCUCCUUUUUCACAAACCCCAAUAAUAUUGAACCUUUAAAUAUUUAAAACUUGAACUCUAAAUUUUUCCUUACCAGCGUAAACGACCAGACAAUAAUUAUUGUCCGGCCAACUAAGGAUUUGCCCGGACAAAAUCUAUUUGUGACCGGACAUUGUCCAUUGACUGGCCGUUAUUUGCAGCCCUGGGGGUACUCUCUUUAUAUGGCCUAUUCACUAUUUAACAAAUAGAUUCCAUUUUGCUGUGUGUCUGUUCAGUAACGGAUCACAGAUGAUGUUAAAAUGUGGUAAAAACAAAGAAGGGGCACACAAGCCACAGGCAAGUGUGUCACUGAUGUUUUUACCACAUUUUGAUGGCCUCUGUGAUCUAUUACUGAACAGACCUGUAGCUACAUGGAAUCUAUUUGUUUUAUACAAUUAUCAGAAAAGAAAAAAAGACACUGAUACAUAUACCUGCCUUGUGUCGCUUGACUCUUUAAAGAUUUGUGCUAGUAUAGGCAUUUUUUAAGUCGCAAGUGCUAUUUUUUGUCUCUGCUUCAUCUCUUUUUCUUUAUUUUACUUGAAUACAGUUUCUUUGAAAAAUUUUUCUAUGUCUUUUCUUGGUCAAAAAAGAGUAUUAAUGAUGGCGAAAACAUUUUGCAAAACGAUGGUAACUAUUGCGAAAAUUCCUUGUACUUUAGGUGUUCUCAUGUUGUAAAGAGCUCUUUCUGUCUUCAUUUCUCCAGGCUUUCUUCUUUGUAAAUACCUCCUGCUAAUUUUUUUUAGGCUUUCACUUGCUUUUUAAAAUUGGAAAUAAUCUCACAAACAUUUUCAAAAUUGCGUGCCAUGUUGAACAAAAUAAUCGAAACAAGUUCUGCGUGACGUCAUCCAUGUAUCUGUUCUCUGAUAGAUCAUGGGCAAUGAUCAAUCACAGCGCACGUACAGCAUUCACAUCAUUGUAUAAUUUCACAUAGAUGAUAAUGCACCUUGUUUACCCACAAAAUUUUGCAGAAGUAUUGUCUUGGAUUUCUCUUGGGAUGACUGUAAUACCCAGGAGAAAUUGGAAACAAUGGUUAUGUAAAAUUCCGGGUGCGUAAACAGGGUGCAUUAUGGUCUGUGUGAAAAUAAUAAAUACGGAGAUGUGCUACUGAACAAAGCUGAGGGGCACUUAAGUUUCAAUAGUGCUUAAAUUAUUGCUAUUAGAACUGCGAUGGUGAUAACUUUGGUUUUGUAAGAGUUGUCACCAUAUUUUCAGUAGUGCUGUUUGUCUGGGUAAUUUUCUCUGAAAAAGGUAAAGUCAACUUGAAUCUUCUGAAUGAUAAAAUAGCACUUGGCAAUUCCCACAUAUAUAGCCAUAACUUUCUCACAAUUUUGUUGCUUUGUUUUUCUUUGGUGUGUCUUGUUGUACAUUUUUGGGGAAAUAUGUUUUAAAUAUUUGUGCUAAAUUUUAAUUAGGAAAAGGAAACAGAAAAGAUGCUCCCAAGAAUGAAGAUGUGGUGAAAGACAAAGAGAAGAAGCCCAGCUUAGAAUCUUCAUUUGGAAAAAAAUUACAGGGAAAUUCAAAUCAGUCUCAUCACAACAGCAAAGGACAAGUUACCAAAGCACCAGAAACAGUGUCAUCUUAUUCUAAGAUGGCAGACAGUUUAGAUCAUCCUGGUUCACCAGAGUGCACUUCAGCUCCAGCAUAUCCCAGAAGUCAGUCAGUAGAAACUAGUGGCAAGAGAAGUGGAUCAAACCAAAGGAAGAUUAUGCAAUCCCAGGACCCAUCAACAGCUGGCCAGGUUCUACCCAAAUCUGAUGAACAUAACGAAAAAGGUCAUGAACAUACCAGCAGUUCUUUAAAUAGUGAGCAUUGCCCUGGUGUCCCUGCAGCUAAGGUUGAUCCUGUGAGGCCUAUAAGCAAUAAAAUGGAUGCUUCAAAAACAGAUGGCAGCUCAUCACCUAGGAUCCAAGAACAACCUGUUGUAACAGUCUCCAAGGAUGCAGCUGCUACUGCUACCACUAGCACAUGUACUCCUACUGCUCACUUUCCAAAACUAGUAAACAGCAGCUCAUCACAAGCAUCAACACAAGCAUCAACUGCUGCUCCUCCUGCUGUAGUGUCUGCUCUUACUGGUGAGCCUGAAAAUCCUCUGAAUGGGGAAAAUGCUUCAGGUGAUGUUCAGCCAGCUGAUAGACCACCCCUGACUACUAACCAGGGGUCACCUCCUGAUGCUAAUUUCGCUGCUGCUGCUGAUGGUGAAACUAAUAACGGUGUAAAUAGUGACACCACAGCAGCUCAGCUUACAGCAUCAUCUCCUUCCACUGCUGCAGAUGGUGAUACACAAAACUCUGUUGACCAUGAGGAUGCAGCACCUGAGAGGAAUGAGAACAGAAAUUCUGAACAACAGCAAAGUUUAACUGCCUUUCCAACCCAAGUGGAACCAGAGCCCACUGCUGAUCAAGAACCCACAGUGACGGCUGGUGAAGAAACACCUCAACAAGAGGAAACAAUCAACUAUGAAAAUUUUCUUGGUGAGUAAUUUUCCAUCUUGCUGUGGGAUCCAGUAAUCCAGAUUAUUCUGUCUCCUUACUUAAGGAACCAGGAUUUGAAAAUGUUCAAAAUUUGGCAUAUUUUAAGCCAUUUGCUCCUGGAAAUUUUGCACUAUUCAUUUAUUUAUUUGUAAACUCUGCACUUAAUAGCCUUUUGAAGCUAGGGUUACUGUCUCAGGCUUUAAUGAACCAAAACUGCCAUAACUGCCAUUUGUAAGUUGAUCACUUUGUGGCUUUCUGUUCGAAAUGCAAAACAUCAAUUUCUGAAGUUUGGUCAUGCUCAAAAAGCAAACUUUAGAUGUUUUAAAAGUGACGAGCAGUCUUGACUGUCACUUUUCACUCUCUCUCUUCCCCUCUUCUUUUGCUUUUCUUGCACCAAUUUUUUCUCUUAAUGGGUAUGCAUGAGGCUUCAUUUGGGUCCAAAACGUUUUGGGGAAAACUUUUAGGAUCUUAGGAUUAGAUGGAUAGAGAGGUAGGUGGGUAGUAGAACAAGAUUUUCAUGGGAAUUUUGGGGUCAAAGUUGCAUGGUUUUUACCCUUUUCUGCCACCCCCUUGACUGAAUCGUGCUCACUCUGGUAUGGUUUGAAAAAUCUCUUCACCCUGCACAAGUUAGAUGACAGAGUUGUCCUCGACAGCUGAUGACACAGCAUGCAAAGAAAGUAGUGUCCGAUAGCCUGGGCUAGUGGAUUUUGCUAUUGGGCUAGUGAAUUCUGUUUUUAACUUUCUGAACGGGCAAGUGAUCUUUUUUUAGGAAUUUGAAUAAGAAGAACUGUGAAAUCAAUUCUGCUAGUCAAAAAGGUUUUGGGGCUAGUUGAAAUGACGUCUGGGCUAGUAAAAGCUAGCUUCAGCUUGCCCAAAUGGCAAGCUGUAAGAAUGAUUUUCUUUGCACCCUGUGACAUCACAAGUGAUAGAAGGGACAUGAAUCCUGUCACAUGAUUAUGGCAGUUCAGUAGCCUGCGUCGCAGACACUCUAAACCUUCUGUAUAGAGAGUCUGCGAAUUAGUGCACAAUACUCGAAUCCCGAAGUGUUCGAAUCCCGUAGAGUAGCAUGGAUAUAUGUCGGCGUUAUUGAUUGGCUAUUUUCUUUUGCAGUUUGUGAUUAGUCCGAUUUGAAUUAAGCGUUGACAGGCCAAACAUGACUCAUAGCUCGUGACCAGAGAGAUUGAGCUCGUGAUAGUGUGAAACAUGACUUUAGAGACCCCUAGAGUAGCUUGAACAACAGAUGUUUUUCUUGCUCUCUUUUUGCGUAAUUUAUACAGUGCAUGGAGUAUUCUACCAUUUGACUGAGCAAUUUUUUUUUGCCUCUUUGAGUCUCACCUUUAGCUACAUUUAGAGGUUGUGAAGCUGGUCUGUUUCAUACAUAUUGAGUAAUUAGUUCCUGUAGUUUAUUUUGUGGCAAAUGUUUUCAAAGAGGAUUUGAUCACAGAUGCAUAAAUGAUUUUCUUUUACCUCUGACUAAGCCUUAAGCUUCUUUAUUGCGGCUAAAUAACCUAAGUUUCUUUGGUUUUCAACGAAACGCUUGGACCUGAAUAGCUACAUGUGUGUAGUUUUUUUUUUUUUAUCGUGAAUAACGUGAUGAUUUCUUCAUUUGUUUUGACUCUAGAACUGUUGGCUAGAUUACAGAAUACGCAAUAGUACAUCUGCAGCGAUUGGAAGACGCUGGGAAACCAGCCGGCAAAUUUACUAGCAAAUUUUGGCCUUGAAGGAAUUAUCUCAAAGCGUUUUUUUGCUCAGAAGACGGCUCUAAAGUUCGAACUGAUCUUUCGAUUACUGUAAACGAUCCUUGCCAACUCCCUUCUGUGAAUUUUAAUUGACAUGUCACUGCGCCCAACCGUCACGCACACGUAAAAAUUAGGCCAAUCGUGCGGCUUGUAAGAAACCCGUAAGAAACCCGCCUAUCAGAAACGCUCACAUAUGUCCUUGCGACUCUGCAGGAUAUUGGAACGAGCUUUUGUGCACUAAUUCGCAGACGGACUAUACAAAUGGUUUAGACGAGUACGUGGGCCGGCUGCAACGCAGGCUACAGUUCAGGGGCAAAUGGGUUAAAGAAAACAGCUUAUAGAGAGGAGAAAUGUGCCAUUACAUCGCCGUGGUAGCAAAGAUUUUGGAUCACAACAAUAAAAAGCUUAAGCAAGGACGACAGUGACAAUAACAAGAACGUUAAAAAAAUAAAGAUUAACAAAACAACAACUUUGCACGUGCAUCAUGCUUUUUUUCUUUUGACAUGGAAAUUCCUAAUUUCAUGCACUUGCUCUAUGGAUUUAGUGAACAAAGCACAAAAAUUUUCUUUCUUUUUCUACAUUCAGGUACAGUACUUUCAGAUUCAACCCCAGAGAAUUUUGUUAACAAAAUGAAACUGAAUAAGAUCGAUGAAGUCUGAAACAGUGUGAAUUCACUUUUUAUGUGAUGUUUUGGUUUGUUGUCAUCCAAAAUUUUGCUACCAAGGCAAUGCGAAGUAACAACUUCUCCUCUCUGUUGACUUCAAAGGUUCUGUUAAUUGUUGAGGUAAAGUUAAGUAGAUGUAUUUGAGCCAAAUGGCUUAUUAGGCUGAAGGUUAACCUUCUUUCUGUAGCAUGAAGCAAUAUCAUUAUAUGGAAUAUUUAGAUUGCUUCUUGGAUGGGAUGCAUGUCCAUCAUGAGGGUAUCCCCUGCAUUAAAUUUGCUGAUACCUAUUUAGUCUAUACACCUGGGUGGAGUGAUGUACUGUGAGCAGUAAAGCCUGUUACCCAAGAACACAGCUUGUUAAUGACCUCAGCAGGACCUCAACCGGGGGUUUGUUUUUUGAAAUCCCUGAUAUAACUAAUGGGCAUAAAAAGCUGUCGUUGUUUACAUUCAAAAUCAAGGUCUUAAUAAAAUAAUUUGCAGAUAAUUUGAUAAAACUCUCUGUUAACAAAGCAAAAUGCACUGGUUUUCUUGCUUGUCUUCUUUAGAUUUUCAUUUGAAUAUUUUAUUUUGGGCCUAAAAAGUUAUGGAAGUUUCAAGAAACAGAUUCCUGGACCUCUUGAUACAGAGUCUAUAGCACUUACUGUCACUGUGCCUCACACUAUGUUAUGUUAAUUGUUAUGUUAUUUCAGAAGGUCCUAAAAAUUUUCUCCCACUAAAUGUACCAGCCUGCUGAAAUUAAAGGCUUCUUCUUUUUUAUUAGUUUCAGAAAAAAUAAAUGGAGACAAAUUUAUUCAGGAUAAGCUAUCUGUUAACCUUGAUCGCACUUCUCACCGUGUUAUAAAAAACUGGGAACACCUUGCCUGUACUGAUGAAAUAAAUGCCCCUCUGAGAGUUCGACUUAAAUGUAAAAUGGUCGGAGACAACAGCCGUACUAUGAUGCUGUUUGAGGUGCUGACAUCAGAAUUUGAGGAUAAAACAGUAAAGGAUUUGAUAGAUGCACUGAGCAGGAUAAAGAGAAAUGAUGUAAAAAAGUUCAUUACAGAUGCUUGUCCAGGUAUGUUUACUUACCUUCUUUUCACUAUUUUUUCUAACCAAAAACUAUUUAGCCAAAUGUACUUCCUUCCUUUAAUAUAAUGGUACUAGUAACAGUUGACUACUGGCGGCUUGAACAAAGUUGCACAAUGGGUAACCCAUGACAUCACCUCAAACUGUUGCAGUAGCCAAACGCUAACCUCAGUCUUAAGUUCGUUAGAAACCAGCAGAUUUAAUUUUAUUUGUCCACAUGUUUGAGCAGGAAUAGGCAGUUAUUGGUGACCGCUACUUUCAACAUGCCAGGCAGUAGAUAUAUAUGCAAGUGCAAAAAUAUUGUCCCUGCUUAUCUGGUCCAUUGAACGGAUUGAACAGGAAGUGGGAAACUCUUUUUGCUAUGUUUUGAUUUUACUAGAAAAGCUAGCCAAAAGUAAGUCUGGGGUGGGACAAAUUCCCAAAGCCCUUUUUAGUGACGAUGUCUUGAGAAUUGCUUCACAAAAUAUUGGCUAUUAUUUUGAAAAAAAUAUUGGUUGCCUUGUAAGGUAAGGUAUUGAUCCUUUUUUCCUAGGGUACAAACAUUCCCUUUCAUGAAAUAUAUAUCUCCUUUUUUAACUCAACAGAUGCUGCAGAUUCUACAGAAAAAUUCAGUGACUUUGUUGCUCGUCUUGAAAAUAGUGAACUUAUUGAAAACAUCGCCACACUGUUAGACCAGAAAUCAACUGUGGUUCGAAACUGGUUUCAUCUUGGUCAACAAUUUAAACUUUCAAAUGAAACACUGAAAGAAAUUGAAUAUGGUCCCUUUAGUCCAACUGAAGUCGUAAUGAAGUCCCUGUAUUCAAGGAAAACACAUUUGACUAUUGGGACGUUUUAUGAUGAAGUAAAGGAGUUGAAGCGACAUGAUGUUUUAAAGAAGCUGGAUCCCUUUAUUGUUGGUGAGUUGAAAACUUGGACCUUUUAUACAUGCUUAUUCCUUGGACUGAACAAGUUGCAAAUAACCUUGAAAGAAAGUUCAGUGCUCUCAAGACUGAUUUUGAGUUGACACUGAGAAAGGACUGAAUUGUUAAAAUUUUAAGCUGCUUUGAGCUUCAAUACAUUCUAAGGAUGUCCAUAAAAUAACUGCAUGAUUACAUAUGAAAUAUUUUUAUAUAAUAUAUAUAUAUGUGACCCAAAAGGGACAAGGUUCGUAAUAUGAUAUAAUGAUGUAAGAUUACAAGUAAGACAACUUGAAUAAUUGAACCUUUGGUGCGACAUAUUUUAGAAAGAAGGAUUACAGUGUAUACCACCAUGUUUUCAUGGGUGAAUAAAUUAUUUCCUGUAUACUGCAAAAAGAGCAUUUUUUUUUCUUGCGUGCAUUCUAGCGUUUUAUGCUUGCAUGACUCUGAACACUUUCUUUUGUUCCAAUAAAUUUGCAUAGAUGCUGAUCGCGUGAGUGAAAACGUUCUAUUUUGACUCUAUUGUUGUUAUUAUUUUUAAAACAACAGAGGCAAGUGACAGAGAUAGGCCGAUGAAAAACGUCAUUGAAUUAGAGUCAGACGCCAUGAGAAGUAUUUGCAUAAGCCUGAACAACCCUAACAGAGCAAUAAAGAACUGGAGACACCUUUGCAAGUCCCCUGCGCUGGGAAUCCCUGAAGAUGUGUACAAGGGGUGUGAACCAGGGAAGCAAAGGAGUCCAACCGACUUACUGUUCGAGUGGAUCUUUGGUAAUAAGGUCAAACUAACAGUUGGUCAGCUCUGCAGCGCUCUUGGAAAAAUAGACAGGAAUGACAUAGUAAGAGAUCUACGUGAGUAUUUUGAACAAAACUCAUCUGGCCACCUGGGACAAGGUUAGUUUAACAUGUUUGGCUACACAUGUAAUGCAUAAUGGUCCACUCAGGCUUGUUUGCAGAGAGUUCAGACUUGAUUUCUGCAAUUCUCCUGAGUUUGGCCCUUUGCCUUCUCGGGAAAAUUGGUGGAGGCUCACUUUCCUGAACAGUGGCUGGUAAUCCAGCCUACCAAAUGUCAUUCUCUGCAUAUUAAAAACAGCCCUGGGGUAAUGUGUGGAGGAGGAAAGCAAAAACAGGCAAGAAAAAGAGACCAGUCUAGAGAGUAGCCUGUUCCAGGCUCCGAGAUAGUGGUGAAAAGUCGUUCAGUAAAAGAAAUGCAAAAAACGCGCGGGGGUUCCCAUUUUUCUCGCUGCCACCGCCCCCCUUUCCCAAGUCGCGCGUGUCUUAUUUUUGCUUUGCUUGUUUUAAAACGUCCGCUCUAUACUAUCUGAGAGCCUGGCACAGGCUAUCUAGAGAGAGAUCUGAUCAGAGAGAUAAGUGUAACGAAGCCUGGCGUACAUUCGUUUUUAAAAAUUCACAAAGUACUUUGCGUGCUGUUCUUCAGCUGAGAAAGUGUGGACUUUUGACGAACACAAACUAGGUGUGAGAGAGAGAUGGAGAGGGCAUGGAAAAUAAUUAUCUGUUCCGUGAACUGCUAAGUAACAAGCUGCAGGACAGUGACAGUGCAUAGACUAUAUUUGUUUGAUCUCUGUUAUUUAUGUCCUUUGGCAGGGACAUUAAGUAAUUGCCCUUAUUUAAAAGUGCAGAAGUCAACUAACAAUUCAAGAGGUAGGGGAUUUAGUCCCCGGAUAUCAAGUUGUACAACCUCUUUGUAGGGGAUAGCGAUACUGUAGGCAGUCUGUACCAGGGCCUUACAGUUAUAGUGGUCAGAAAAUUUUGUUGAAGAGUCCCUGCCAAGUGUGGCAAUCAGGAUACACAAUAUUAUUAGAAUACAAAUAAUUUUAUAAGCUGCUUGUAAGUGAAGGUAUAAAGUAUGGAGCCCAUAUAAAGACUUAAAGUUAUUGUAACCUACCUUGUUAUAGUUACAAGCACUGACAUAAAGGGUGUCUUUUAGCCCUUAUUAGGCUGAUUUAGCAACAGAACGGG